GACCCAAUUGUUCUGCCUCUUCUUUUUCCACUGAGCAGCGAAAUAUUUAUGGUUUAUGUUGAACUAGAUGUGAAAGACAGUAACUAUGUGCACAAGAUGUGGAACAGGCGAUAUUUUCAGCAUUUGCCAUGAUUAAUGACGAGGUUGCAGAGUACCAUGUAUGGUACAAUGAUGUAAACACUGUUCGCAAAAUGAUGCUUGAAAAUGGGGGCACUCUGUGCCCUUCCUGUUGUACCCCCUUCGACAAAAGUAAGCACAGGAAGUUGAUUGACACCUGUGGGCACGAGUUAUGCUACAUGUGCAUCAAUUCUGACCAUUGUCCUCUGUGUGUAUACCAUGCAUCCCAGGCUCAAUCCCUGAUGCAGCAACGAAUGUCCCAAGACGCUGCGAUUCCGAGACCUCGUCUCAAAACCAACGGCCACUUCACCACCUACAUGCAAACUCGAGAAAGGAUCUCGCCCGAAAGGGGCAUACCUGCUGGUGCCCUCCCACCGAAAGGAUUUCCCUCUCAUUACUAG